AUGAGGAAUAUAGAUGAGAUGGUGGCACUUCCUGUUCCUGUGUCCACAUUGGGUGAGGCUAGAAAUCUGAUUCCCAUGGACCCCAAUGGUCUGUCAGACCCGUAUGUGAAGCUCAAACUCAUCCCAGACCCCAAGAAUGAGACCAAACAGAAGACCCGGACCAUCCGCUCCUCGCUCAACCCCACCUGGAACGAGUCCUUUAUCUUUAAGUUAAAGCCAAUGGAUAAGGAGCGCCGUCUGUCCGUGGAGGUGUGGGAUUGGGACAGAACCACCCGCAAUGACUUCAUGGGCUCCAUGUCCUUUGGUGUGUCUGAGCUGAUCAAAGCUACUGUAUGUGGCUGGUAUAAGAUGUUAAACCAGGAGGAGGGUGAGUACUACAACGUGCCCAUCCCAGAGGAGAAUGACAUUAACCUGGAGCUGCGGCAGAAGUUUGAGAAAGCCAAGUUCGGUCCUGGGAAGAAAGUCAUCACUCCCACUGAUCACCGACGCUUCAGUUUACCAUCCGGAAACAUGAACAGAGUUCAACUCAGUGACUUCCAUUUCCUGGCUCUUCUGGGCAAAGGCAGUUUUGGGAAGGUGAUGUUGGCAGAGAUGAAGUCCACUGAGGAGCUGUAUGCCAUUAAAAUCCUGAAGAAGGACGUGGUGAUCCAGGAUGAUGAUGUGGAGUGCACAAUGGUGGAGAAGCGAGUGCUGGCCCAGAGAGAGAAGCCACCUUUCCUCACCCAGCUGCACUCUUGCUUUCAGACUGUGGAUCGUCUGUACUUUGUAAUGGAGUACAUUAACGGUGGAGACCUGAUGUAUCACAUCCAGCAAGUGGGCAAGUUUAAGGAACCACAAGCCGUAUUCUAUGCAGCAGAGAUUGCUGUCGGACUCUUCUUUCUUCAUAGGAAGGGAAUUAUUUACAGAGAUUUGAAGUUGGAUAACGUGAUGUUGGACUCCGAGGGCCACAUCAAGAUUGCAGACUUCGGCAUGUGUAAGGAAAACAUGUUUGAGGGCAUGGCAACACGCACCUUCUGUGGAACGCCAGAUUACAUCGCCCCGGAGAUAAUCGCCUAUCAGCCGUACAGUAAAUCGGUGGACUGGUGGGCAUACGGUGUGCUCCUCUAUGAGAUGCUGGCUGGGCAGCCUCCAUUUGAUGGUGAGGACGAGGAUGAGCUGUUUCAGUCCAUAAUGGAGCACAACGUGUCCUACCCCAAAUCCCUGUCUAAAGAAGCAGUGUCCAUCUGUAAAGGGCUGAUGACGAAGCAUCCAUCCAAGCGUCUAGGUUGCAAUCCAGAGGGUGAGCGAGAUAUAAAGGAGCAAGCUUUCUUCCGCAGAAUCGACUGGGAACGGUUGGCCAACAGAGAGAUCCAGCCUCCUUUCAAACCCAAAGUGUGCGGCAAAGCAGCGGAGAACUUCGACAAAUUCUUCACCCGCACGCAGCCCAUGCUGACCCCUCCAGACCAACUGGUCAUUGCCAACAUCGACCAGAGCGAAUUCGCUGGAUUCUCUUACAUAAACCCAGAGUUCAUCCACCCAUCGUCGCUUCACAGUGUGGUAUGAGACGGCCCGAUGAAGAAGAGGACCGCCCAUCCUGCUCAAACUAACAACCACAUCCCUGUUAUUUAUGAGCUCACCAAAUCUUUGUAGACAGUUGAAUACCCUUUAUCUGAACUGAGGAGGGCUGGAGAAGGGAGUUUGAUGGGUGAAUGGAAAUAAUAUUCUAAAGCAUGUGUCCACAUUCAGACUUUGAGGCCAGUUUUUAAUGGAGCUGGUGUAAGAUCUGUUCCAUAGACUGGUGAGCAUUUUAAGGCACCACAGACUCGUUCCUGACAAAUGAUGCUUUUAUGAGGUUCCAUCUCCGUUAGGAUGCUGCUUGUAUAGGUAGUAGACAGAAAGGCAGCUCUCUAGGCUAAUGCCCUCAUAGUAAUGACAGUUCAUCGAUUGCCUGUAUGCAGAUAGCUGUUAUGUGCAGGUUCAGUAUAUUUUACAAAACACAGAAGGUGGAGAUAUUGUACGAUCCCUUUUUCCAGUCCUCAGAUUCUUUGUGUGUGAAGCAUGCUGACAUGAAACAGGUUUUUGUGCCCUAUUCCUUUUAUCCUCUACUGCCAUUUCUACUGUUCCUGAAUUAUAUAUUUGUAAAUCUAAAAAAAAUAUCUUGUUAUAGGAGUGCCAAAAUAUUACUGCAUCAAAAGUUUUUUUUAUAUCCAGUUCUAUAUAUGCAUAUUGAUUUCCUACUAGAUCUCUUGGUGGUGUCCCUUAUCUUGGGCUGAAACUUGAAUCCUUAUUGCUCCUCGAGUUUUAGCAUGACAACUUCCAAUCCCGUCACUGCCUGCUCGCCUGGUCUUGACAUAUUCAACAUAUACACAACUUUUCCUCUCGCUCUAAAUGUAUGAAUUGUGAUUCUGAGUGAUUCCUCGUUGCUAAUACGCAGGCCUUACACACCCGCAGAAUGCUGUAGAUCACCUGUCCUAUACUCAUCCGCUUGCAUGUUUGUUUUUAUUAAAUACUUUGGAUAAUCUAAUAACACUGUUUCAUUGAACAUAUUUUUCCUUGUUUAAAUCCAUCCUGCAGAUUUGUGUUUUUCAUGUUCAGCACAAAAAAGUCUGCGGAUUCUGCCUGGGCCUGAUAAUAACUAUCCAGUGCAACAUUUCAAACCAGACUGAGUCACUUCUGUUAGAAAUGGAUAUAUGUUUUUUUGUUUAAAACCUGCAUAUUAUGCUAGAGAAAUCUACCACUGCUACAACAUAAAGAAUAUGUAACGAGACAAAAGAUGCUGUACUUUAAACUGUAGGGGGUGAGUCUCCGAAACCUGUCAAAACCUUGUCUAGGACAUAUUUCACCCCUGAAAAUCUUUGCUUAAAGGAAA